AGCGCCCACCGGACGACCUCUUCCCCUCGCGCUCUGGUUUUCCUCUCUUCGCGUCGGUGUUCAACCAAGCGCCUCGCCUAUCCCGUCCCAUCUGGCCGCCUUCGUCGCAUCGCCGCGUUUGCGUUUUCCAUCUCUUCGUUUUCUUCUAUGCUUUUCGAUUCGAUUUCGAUUUCGAACCGGAUCGUUUCUUCUCCGGUUGAUUGAUUUGUUUCGCUGCUACUGCGCUUCCGUGCUCUCGCAGAUUCCCUGGGGCGUUUCGCUUUCGUGCGACGCGGGGAGCGAACCUGAGUUUGAUUUGGCGGGGUUGUUCGGUUAAUCGGUUUGCGGAUUAUUCUUUCCUGCGAUUCCGUCUAGCUUUCGUGUCGAUCCUGUUUCGUCCUCUCCUUCUCAGCGUGUGGGUUGCAGGAUUGGAUUGGGUCCGAUUGGGGUCAUAUGGCGUCGUGUGUGGCGAGGAGAUGGAGGCAGGUCAGUCUUCUGUCAGAUCCGGCGAUUCACUAUUUUUGUCACUUGGACAUGGAUUCAGUGGUUUCAGGCUCAAAAAUUGUCUGCCGGUGUGGUACCAUCAGAUAGUGGCGGCGUCGUAGCCUGGACACGAGGUGGAUUCGAAACCUUUGGUCCAUUCUUAUUUUAACGGCUGAUCUCGGUUGUGGCCUUUUGGGUGUUUGUCCUCCAUUUACUUUAGAGAAGAUGCAGAUAAGGAAGUGUCCUUGCUGGUUAUGGAGAGAUCAGUUGAUGGGUGGAGGUUUGCUUAUGGUUCAGUCCUCGUUUUUUAUUUGGUAUAUGGCUGUUUUGUUGUCAUCAUGGUGGUGUGAAGAUUGCCACCGGACUAAUUAGAUUAGAAGCUUGAUUGGAAAAAUGUUGUUAGCUGGAUCUGCAGAGGCAACAGAGGUGAUGUUUUGGAGGUAGAUUGAGGCGUUGACUGGACUGGAUUUCCUAGCAUCGGGAGAAGAUCGUUUGGAUAUAUCUACCUAUUGUUCUUCUAUUGAUUCAUCAUCAUACUCUUAAAUUUGUGUCCGUUGCAAUUCUUUUCUUAUAUUGGGGCUGGUGGUUUUGUCCAGCAGUUUGAGGAGGCGAGUCAGCAACUCGAUUAUAUGGAAGGAUGGGUUGGAGGCGAGUUCGAUCCUGCUUCUGCUUGUGCAGUCAGAAGUUCGGAACUGUCCAGGGUUCCCUGUGUUUGUUCACCAACCGUCCUCUCACCCUUGCCAAUGUUCUUUGAAAAUUGACCUUCCUCAUAGGCUGCCUUUGACCUUCAUUAGUAAAUCUGCAGUUUUGGAAAACAGUUUGUCCUCCUAGAUGCAAAAGGAAAGGUCCUUGCUGGUUAUGGAGAGAUUAGUUGAAGGGUGGAGGUUUGCUUAUGUUCGUUGUUUUUUAUUUUGUUAUACAUAUAUGGCUAUUUUGAUGUCAAUCAUAUGGUGGUGUGAAGAUUGCCACCAGACUAAUUAGAAGCUUCAUUGUCCAUAAUUGGAAAAACUCUGUUAGCUGGAUUUGCAGAGGCAACUAAGGUGGUGGUUUGGAGGUAGAUUGAAGAUCUGACUGGACUCAGAGUUCAUAGCAUCUGGAGAAGAUCUGUUUGGAUAUAUCUACCUCUCACUUUCUAUUGAUACUCUUAAAUUCCUUGUUUCUUAUCCAUUUGGGCUGGUGGUUUUCUCCUGGAUGAUAUGGAUGGAUUGGAGCCUGAGUUUGAUUCUGCUUCUGCAUGAGCAAUAGGAAGUUCUGAACUGUCCAGAUUCCCUGUGUUUGUUCAAUAACAGUCCUCUCCUGUCGAUGUUCUUUGAAAACUGAAUUUUCUCGUAGGCUACCUUUGAUGCUUCGAUACUAAAACUGCAGUUUUGGGAGGCAUCGCCACAGAGAUAGGAAUUGCAUCUGAAAUUGUCGGCGAUUGAUCAGGCUAUCCUAUCCCCACAUUAUUUGAUGAAUGUUCAUGCUGUUUUAGUGUUCUCAUCUCACUAUCAAAUAGAUACUCACGAGAGGGGGUGGUCUCGCUGAUUGCAGAUCUCUAGGUGAUGCUUGCACGGGCACAAAAGGAACCAGUCUCUUCAUAUACUCAAACCUACAACCUUGAACUCUCAACUCUCAUUGUGUUUGUUCAGUGUCUUCUACCUCAAAGUAGAUAAUGAUCGGGGUCGUUGUUGCAAGUCUUCUGAUAUUUUUUGCAUGGGCUUGUCACGUGGAAUAUGUGUUGGGAGUACUUCUAACCUUAUCAAAUUUACAAAAUGCUAUGAAUCAUGAUACUUCUAUUGAGUUAAAAUCCGGAUACUUCUAAUUCCAUCUGCAGUGGUAGAAGGUACUGGGCAUGUUUGGGACUUGGGAGAUUCAAGCAGAGAUGGGUAGAACUACAGCACUACAGCUUUCAUUUAAUCAAACUUGUUUCUGCUUUAUCAUGCUAUGCUUUGACCGAAACUUUAAUUCUUGUGCUGCUGGCAUUUCUGUGUUUCACAGAUCAAUUAGCUGAAGUAGUAAUUGGUAGUCCAACAGUCAAAAUGUUUGGUUUGGGAUUUCUAUCUGUGGAUGCUUUGUCUGGCUUUAUAUGUUUUUGUGCUCGCUUUUACAUGUGGUUGCAGGAUGAGUUUGGCAAUUGGAAAUUCCUGUAGCAAAGAACUGAAAUUUGAAACUGGGGGCAGGUCAGAGUCUAGAGCACGAUCAUUCCGGUUUUGUUAGUUUCGUCACUUGUUCUCAGUGAUUUCAGAUCUAAAUGGUUGGAUAACAUUCUGGCUCUCCAUGGAUAUCACUGAUAGUAAAACAAGGUUUGAGACCCUGGAUUUAUUCGGUACUGUAUAUAGCUCAAAUUGGUUGUGGUGUGUGUUCGUGUCCUUUAGAGAUGCAGGAGGACAUUGGAGGUGGACUUUCCUCAAUUGGAGAUAACAAAUUGGGAAAAAAAUUGUGACACUUGACCUUUCACUUCUCACUUUUGUUUAUUUGGUCUGCAAUUGUGUUCAUCUGUUUUGAUUAUAUUUCCAGCCACUUAAACUUUAAAAGGAUGGUAGGAUGCCUAGGAAUUCCUUUUGUGCUGCAACAAUCUAAAUUACAAGGAGGCUUCUAAUUCUUCAUUUCUAUCAACAGUCCUAUCCAGUUACUUCCUUCAACCAGUAACUCUUUCAAGUUUCUGCAGAUGUGACACACAGAAGCUGAGAUAGAAUUUCCAACCAUAGUUGCUGUCUCCAAAGCCCAUCCCUGUUCCACUGGCCAUUUGUUCCGCCUUGGAUUUGAAAGUUUUUGAAGCCUAUCCCUGAACCAAAAUAGACAGGAAUCGUAGAUGGGCUCUUUGGUAAAUGUAGAUUCUGCACUUACAAAUUUGCAAGUUCAAUCUGAUCCUGAUCGUAAUAUGUGCCUGUCCUUCGAACUCUGCUACCUUCACUUCUGCACUGACCAGGGAACUUCCGGACUGACCUGCUGUUUGGAUGCUCUGCGCUAGUUAGAUGAUUCACAUGAUCACAACCAAGACAAUGCUCUGCCCAGAGUUUGCGCCAACUACUAUUAUGAUUAUUGACUGCACAUCACUUUCCAGUUCACUUGUUUGAUUUGGAUUGGUGGUUUUCUUGGUUUCCAGUUCUUUGAGAGCGUUAAUGCUUGGAAUCUUGGAUGUUAGGAGUGAUGGGGCACACCUUACAAUAUUCUUCCAUCUAACCAGAUUGGAGCUAAGGUGUGGAUGGGAUGGUUAGGCCUUCUGAGUUCUAGACGUUUCCACCUAUGGAGUCUUCCUUCCAGUGAUAAAUAAUCCUUUGCAUAAACUUUAUUUUGAAGCUGCCCUUAACCCACAUGCCUCAACUGAUGGUGCAGGUCCACUAUUUGUGUUGAUUUCCAGUAAGAACUCUUGCUUGACAUGCAUACCUUCAUUGAGCAAAAUUAUUCUGAUUCUGGAAACAAUUGGUUCCUAGUAGGAUAUUUUACUUGAGAAUAUGUGGUCAUCAUAUUCUUAUGUCUCAAAUUCCCAAUCUCUCCAUUAGGAUCUCUACUAAUGUUUAAUCUAGUUCCUAGUUUGCUUCUGAUUUUACUAACUUUGGUAUAACCCCUAGUCCACCUACUCGUUCAGUAAGUGCAUUCGUUAUUAAAUUUGUCAUAUUGCACAGUUCUUUUUAGUAAGCAUAUAAGUAUUAUAUAUAUUAUAUAUUAUAUAUUAUAUAUUAUUAUUAUGAGCAAAGGCAACUUACUAACUAACUAUACUCCUUUUAGUUCCUGGUUUGCUUUCGAUUUUACUUCCUUUGGUAUAACCCCCAGUUCAGGUAUUUGUUAUUAAAUUCGUCAUAUUGUACAGUUCCUUUUAGUAAUUUAUUUAGGUCUUAUUGUGAGCAAAUUCAACUUACUAACUAUACUCUUUUUUGAGCUGUAAUAACUGGAAUAGAAGAGAGAUCUCAUGUGAUACUGUUAUUUAGUUUUGUUUGUUAUCAUGAGGUUGAUUGCCUGGAACGAACAGAGCACUUCCUUUACUGCAUCCUUUAUGCCUUUAUCUCUAUUUUAUGCAGAUCCAAUCUGCUGUUUGUGACAUUGGUCCUCCCUUUUUUUGAACUUCGUUCUGCAAUUUCCUCACUUUGGGCUUCCAUCUGGUGCAUCUGCUGUGGAUCAAAACCGAGAAAGGAUGUUGCUCCUUUUGUUCCUCCCAAAGAAAAUCUGUCUGAACAAACUUGUUUGGUUGCUCUUGACUAUGCCAGCUUAUAUGCCCAUCUUGGUGACGCAGUGCAAGCUUCUCUGUACUUUGGAUGGAACUGGAGUCUUCUGUUUGCUUGCUGUUUGGCCAUUUCUGUCAUGGACUAGCAGCUUACAUACAUGGAUUUUCAAUUUCACAUUCGGUUUCACAAGUUUGGGUUGAAGUUGAGUCAUCCUGGUUCAGAUUAUUCAGGCUGUUGCAUUGAUAUGCAGUGUUUGAAGUGGAAGAUCUUUAGGAUUGGAGUGUAGCAACAAAAACUCGGUGGAAGCUUCAGUGCUUGCCUAAAUUCAUUACGAUUGGGUUUCUUGACCUUAAAUGAUUAGUGAACUGGUUGGUUCCAUUUGUCACCUGUACAUGUUGGUGUUUGGUCAACUUGAAUGCAAGCUAGGCUGGAAUUGGUUCUGUUUGUGUAGAAUCUCCAAAUUAGUAUGGUUCAUCUUGUUAUGUGGUGGUUUAGUAGUUAGUUUAACUUCGCACUAGGAUUGGUUUGAUUUGGUUAGGUUGGAAACCCAACUGCCUGCCUUGCAAAGUGGUACAAGCAACAUAGGCCAUGGCAAUAGUAUCGUAACAUCUAAUGUACCAUGUUUGUGUAGUAUCUGCAUUUAUUGGAGCUGACAGCUGAGAAAUGGGGAUGCUAAAAUGAAGAAUAUCAGUUUAAUCAAAUUAUUAGCCAAAGAAACCAUAUUUUUUACUUGGAUUUCUGGUUAUCAAAUAAUAAUAUAUGGAAUUUGGGAGAAAACUUGGUACUUCUACUAGUGAACUUGAGCUGGCACCUGUGUUUCCCUAUCAGCGGUCGGAUAUCUCAACUGUAAGAUUGCACGCGUGCUGGCUGUUUUUUUGGUUGUGCACUUUGACUUUAUUGGACAAGAUUAACUGGAAGCAUGUGAUGUUUUACAAUUGGCACACGUUGAAUGUUCGGAGUCCUGAGACUAAAUAAACUACUAGAUGCAAACUCCACAUAUUUGAACUAGGUUUAUUUACUUGUUGAUUGUUGAUUUUUGACUUAUUGAUUGUUCCCACUAAAUGUUUUGUUGGUUUUUUUCAAAGGGUCUUCCUUCCUUGUUUGUUGUUUUGCACGAUUAACUUGUCAUAACACAUGUGCUCAAUGCUCAUUCAUAAGCUAUGCCUUGUUUAUAUGCUGAAAGAAUAGCUACUUUGUUUGGCGCACAAACCGGUGGCAUGAUUUGUUUAAAUUUUUUCAAAUAAUGUCUGAAAACAUGAUUUUUUUUCCUGGCUAUUAUUUGUGUUUCCUUGAUUGUUUUGUUUGUUUGUUUGUUUGCGGUUUAACACUGCCUUUGCCGGUCCCAAGCCCGGAUGCGAAAAUGUGGAGGGAACUGCAGGUUGCUCAGUUGCAUGAUUGGCAUUAGGCUACUGGGAAGAAAUGUGGUUUGGUCAAACAGCUAGACGCUGAAAGCUCAGAGUAGCAUACCUAACCAUCGUUCAGCACCUGUAUUCUGGUGUCGCAUUCUGAGUCUCUUUCAGUUCCACUUUAUACCAUUGCAAUCUGGAAUCUGCUGGCUAAAUGUUCAGUAGCUGCCGCUGGUUCUAUUCAUUUCAGGUCUGGUGUUCAGACUUGCAGAUGAGGGAGCAGGGCAUGUAGCAAAAGUGAACCAGUUUUUUUCGAGAACGCAUAUAUUUCUUUAAGCAACAAAAGUGAACCAGUUGUUAGGACGGUCAUGUCUCCUGCCGUGGCUGGUAAUACUAAUUGUUUUGGAGAUUGCUCUGCUACUGGUGCUGGACAAGUUCUCCUUUUCUUUUAAAGAGAAGUGCUGGUCAAGUUUAUUUCAUUAUCCACUGAAUGAACGCAUCAAAAUAAACUUGUCCGAAGUGCCCGGACACUGGAGGCACAUCCUUGUCAUUGUCCCUGUUAGGCGCGCGGCAAGCUACCUGAACCCGUUUCAUUUCAUCUACUGAGAGGUGGGAACUGAUUUUUUUUUUUUUUGAGCAAUCAGGGGGGGGGAUUUUCCCACCUGGUUUUAUUGAAGGGUGACUCAAUGUCACAAAGGAUUACGAGAAAGUUUUUGUAAGGGAGACUUUACAAGUAUAAACAUGCUAGUCUAGGUAAGCUGGUUUAGAAUCGACUGUAGAAAAAUACACCAAGCUGUGUUGAUGUCCUUCUCUUUCUUCUUGAACCUGGGACGCCAAGCUUCUGCAUCCAUGGCACAGGCGUGUAUCACCUGGCGAAGCGUAAGACUUUCACCGGUUCUCCGACUUCACAUGAAGAGUUGAUCUUUGAUCCAAUGGAUACCUUUAAUCUUCAGCAGUAUUGGUGCCUAAGCGUGCCUUAAUAUUGUUUAUCUAAUUAUUAGCUUUGUCAAACUAGCUUAGAACUGUAAGUUAAGCCAUGUACAGUCCCAGGCCUGCGGGCUGCGCCCUUAUCGUGGAGAUAAACGCUUAGCAAAUAGCAGUAGCUAUCCAGCUCCUUCCCUGGGAGAUAUCUGUACUGAUGGACUCGCUGGAUUCAGUGAAGUAGCUGCUACUUGGUCCUAAUUUCUCCUUCCGUUCUUGUUUGCAUGUUGAUUUCUGUUUGCCACUCAUGCUCCUCGCAUCCCUGUUUGGAGUAGGUAUUUUACACCACCUGAAAGUUUUAGCUAAGUUUGUCAGACCUAUGCACAAAGCACAAAACUUUCGAACAGAGAAACGAAGUAGCCGCAGGAGACGAGUGGCCGUAUGGGCGCACGGGGCAGGGAACAGCGAGGGAGGCUUCGUCGGCGGCGGGGGUGAGGGGGUUCGCUGCUCGCGGCGCCGGCCGCACCGCCAAGCAUGGCGCCGCUGCAAUGGUAACGUGUGUUCAGACCUAAGGAACGUGUAAGAAGAAAUGUAACUCUGAUCACUAACCUGCAUACAUGAAAAUGGUAAUUAGAGUGAAGAUCGGAGAAGUAGAGAAAAACUGUUGGACACGAGGUUGUAGAAGAGGACAAUAUUCUUCUGUUUAGGAAUAGGGUGGAUGGUCGGGCAACAUAAUCUUGGGCACAUUGGAUGCGACCCUGAAUGCAACGAGCCCAAUUUGUGAGUUAAACCGAGGUAUUAAAUUCCACCUGGAUGCUGAAGUUUUAUGCAACUAAAGAUCAAGUUCUCCUUGUUAUCUCCAUAUAUACUGCUUCUUUAUAUAUUAUUGCAGUUCUAAUAAUGCAGCGACCUUACCAACCCUUUGCUGCUUGUGCAUAUAUUUAUAAAUAAAUAAAUACAUGAUGAUGAUGAUCUUUCAAAAAAAAAAAUAUUGAUGCGAAUAGUCAACUAGGCAACAAUAUCUUACCUUAAGGAGUGGGCAAAAAAGUCUAACUGAAUGACAAAAACCUGGCCAAGUGGCAGGCCACCGCAAGCGAAAAGAUUCGAUCAUCUACGAGCGAACAAAAACCUUCGUCCAGCAGUGGCAAGAACAGGGGAUCAUCGUCCGUCGCCUCUCCCUCCGUCCGUCUCCUCCACCCCCACAACUCAUCCAAUCACGUCCUCCUCCUCCUCCUCCUCCACACCUCCCUUUCCACGAUUCUCCCCUCCUCCAAUCGCCGCUAAAACGCAAAGCACUGGAUCGGACGUCACCAAACAAAAAGAUCGGUGGCGAGACGAGACGAGAAAGAAAGAAAGGAGCCGAGAGAAAAGGCGAAAAGGGGAGGUAGAAACUAAAAAGUUGGUUUUCUCCCCGCUAGAGGCAGAGGUAGCUAGCUCGGCGGCGGUGAGGGAGCGAGAGAGACCUGUCGCCUGCCCUACCGUCGAUUCCAUAUCGUCUCCCCCCGAGGUUCUGAUGCCGGAAUCCUGCUUUUCCGGCUAGUUUGUUUACCGAUACCGCCUGGGACGGGUGGUUUCCAGCAGUCCUCAGCUCACUCUUCCAACCUCUACCAUCUUGUGAAUUUGUCUUUCACCCAAUUCGGCCGGCAGCUCGCCAUCUCUUGCAGGAGUUUGCUUGCUGUCCUGUCCGUUCUCGAGUGCAUGCUCCCGGGUUCUACUGUUGUUCAGUGGUGAGGUCUGCUGCCCUGCCCUGCCCUGCACCUGCAAGUUAGUUUCAUCUGUGAUCCGCCAGUUUGCCCCCAGCCACAGCCAGCAAUCGCUGCUCAGAAAUUCAGCUCUUAUUGAAGCUUCAAGGAGCAUCCUUUGAACAAGUUCUUGAUUCCUUCCUCUCCCUCCGGGCAUCUUUCUUGUGCAACUUGUCCAUUGACCACAGCCACAGGAGAGGAGAAAUUUGUUCUCGGGAAGCACAUUCUCUGCCACAAUGGACGACGGAGCUGACCUCCCCUGCCAAUUGCUCUUCUCCCACCCGGAGAUGCCUGACAGCUUCGACGAGUUCUUCAGCAGCGCCACGACGACGACCUGCACCCACACGCACAGCUGCAACCCUCCCGGCCCCUCGGCCGCCAUGCACACCCACACGUGCCUGCACACGCACACCCAGGUCCUCGGCAGCGGCGGGGAGGACGACGACGACGCCAGGGAGGAGGAGGACUCGGCCAAGCCGCGGAAACCUCUCGGGAACAGGGAAGCCGUGCGCAAGUACCGGGAGAAGAAGAAGGCGCACGCCGCCUUCCUCGAAGAGGAGGUCAAGAAGCUCCGUGCAGCCAAUCAGCAGCUCCUGAGGCGGCUGCAGGGCCAUGCAGCUCUGGAGGCGGAGGUGGCGAGGCUCAGGAGCCUCCUGCUCGAUGUCCGGGGCAAGAUCGACGCAGAGGUCGGCGUGUUCCCGUUUCAGAGGCCGUGCAGUGUGGGCUCUGUGGCGUGUGCUGAUCCAGCUCUGUGCUUCAAUGGCAACUCGGAGGUAGGAGGCUGCUGGGAGGAGAGCUCAAGACCAGCAGUUGCGGAUGUUUCAGAAGGUUUGCGUAAUUCCAUGGAUGUUGUUGCAAGCUUCGUGAGUUCUGAUCCUCUCGCUGAAUGAGCAAGUUUGCCUGAUUGGCAGUUUUGGGGCCUCUACCAGCUUCUUUGGGCUUGCUUGAAAGAUCAUUUUUUUUUCAUGGAAUUAAAAAGAAUGAGGAUUGAUAAUCAGUAUAACUAUCUUCGCUGUGGUUUAUGCUUCUUGUGCUGGUGUUCAGUGUGUAUAUAGGGGUACAGAACACUUACAUAUGAGCACUGAAGAAAUCAAAAAUGCAAAAUUGUACUGCAGGUAUGUCAAUGAACAAUGAAGUGCACUUGACUUCUGAUUUGGA